AUGCAAUUUUCUGUUAUAAUUAAAGUCCUAAAUUCAGAGGAAAUAAUUGGUGGAUAUAAUCCGUUAGAUUGGUGUAGUGUAGAAUUAAUUAACGAUGGAAAUAGAACACUACCGUCUAAUAUUUAUCAUAAUUAUAGAUGUGAAACGUCAAAAAGUUUUAUAUUUUCAUUACUUUCAUCUUCGAAAGGAGCAAUUUCUCGAUUUAGUCAUAUCUCUACUGAAAA